GUAGAGAUGACAGGGUCAAGUAUGUUUGAUUAUGUCCAUCACCACGACCAUGCGGAGCUCAUCGAGCAGCUCGGGAUGUCCUUAGUGUCACGUUACCUAAUGGUUUCGGGUCACAACAAGCCAGACCACAAGUCUUUUUGUCUACGGAUGAAGUCGACGCUCACAAAACGAGGAGUGCAUAUCAAAACCUCUGGCUAUAGAGUAAGUGGGAAUCCAAACAACAUCAAUGAAAACAACAACAGUUCCGAACCAACACCCUUUGGUUUUGUGGGCAUGGCUAUAGCUUUACCUCCCCCGACCAUCACAGAGAUGCGUCUGGAGUUAGAUACAUUUAUUACAAGAAUGAGUCCGGACUUCAAGGUCAUCUAUUGUGAACCUGUGAUUUCAGAACUUGUGGACCUCACGGCUGAGGAUGUCACGGGCAGGCUGCUUUACGACCUGUGUCACGUGGAGGAUCUCCGGAAGUUGAGAACGUCCCAUCUCGACAUAUUAAACAAAGGGCAAGCACUCACGGAAUACUAUCGGUUGAUAAACCGACGCGGUGGUCACACUUGGAUCCAGACGUGCGCGACCACGUUGCUGGGCAGCAAAAACCCUGAGGAUGAAAACAUACUGGCAAUCAAUUUUGUGGUCAGUGACUCCAACCUUACGGACUGCGCCAUGGAUUUGUGGCAAGUCACAGGUGACGUGAGCUCAUCCAUGAGCAGCAGCUCCAACAGUCCUUGUCGUCAGGAAAAGCUGAAAGAUAUAAGACACAAGCUGGUCAUCCAUCGUCCGCAAAAAGUACCCCACCACGUCCUGUCUCUUCACGAGAUGAGGACUCAGGCAUCAAGGAUCGAGCAUCUAGUACAGCAGUUCCUAACAUCACAAAAGGAAUCUUCCAAAGCAGACGUGGAGUUACUAACGAUGAACCAGAAGGACCUUGGAAAUUUCUAUAAUAAAAACAAACGACGCAAAAUGGACAACCCUCGCAAACGAAGAAACAGUAGCUGUGAUCGUCAAGAUUCUAACCACGUCAAAGCCUUAAACUUAACAACAAAUGGCUGCAGAGAUCCAAUUAUAACAAAGUCGCUAAGCAUGUCUACUCUGGCCUUGCAGAAGUCUGGCACUGUUGUGGACAGUAAUAGUAAAACACACAGACCAGUCAACCCACUUAAUGCGGAUAGCACCACUUCAGCGUCCCCUGAGGAUUUGUCGAUAAAACGAACACAUGCACGAUCCCUAAGCCAAGCUGUAAAUGAAGACUCCAGAGGUGAUUACCUGGAUAUUCAGACAGCAGACGCUAGUGGGAACAUCCAGCAACCUGUCACAGAUAUUCAUGCCAUUCAUUCUACAAGUCCAUUGUCUGUUACACGGAACACAGUCAGGGAACUUGAAGCAGCAAUGCAUCGUCACUUAUCAGCAGCGUCCUUCCAUCAGCAACAAAAUAACUCAACAAGCAUCACUUCUACCGACACAGGGAAAUCUCCUCGAGGCAUCUCUAAUAUAAACAGUUCGAGAGCUCCACCAAGUCACAAAGUGAUGCCGACUCAGUGGCAUACUUCUUCACGAGAAGGUCGUACUAACAUUCUACCGGCUACAACCUUACUUCACAGCUUGUACAACAACAGAGAAACCGUCAUCAAAACCAACUCCAAGUACCAACCCACAUUCCUCAACAUGGAAACCCCAACCAGUUUACUUACUCCUCCAGAACCCGAUCCCACCAUUUACAAGGAUCAUAGCAACCCUUUCUCGCAUGCAAAUCAAGAUUCCUUUGGUCAUAAUUAUAUUUACGACAGGGAGACAAACCCAGAAGCCAAAGAUUUGUCCAACAGAGACCAUUAUUCAUUUAUUUCAUAUAAAGAUCACAUUCCAACGUCAUACUUAGAUCACUUAUCAUCGUCAUUGUGCAAAGAUCAUUUCGUUUCGCAUUAUAAAGAACUUUCGCAUUUUAAAGAAAUGUCGCAUUAUAAAGAACUUUCGCCUUACAAAGACAUUCCUUCAUUUACAAUUCCUGGACUCAUGAGUCCCUCAGGUCGAGCCCACCACACUUACCCUUCCUUUUACCCCCAACUAGCAAGUGCUCUAACAUCCUCAACCACCGAUGUCUGCAGUAUGACCCCACCGUCGCCGAAUUCCUCCAGACACCAGCAAACACACAUCGGUCAUUCACCAUUUGGAUUCGAACUAUAA